GUGAAACUAAAACAGGAAUACAUGUAAAACAAAACAAAAUGAAAAAGUUACACUUGUAAAACAAUAAGUGUCAUAGAGAGGUCCUUUUGGGUCCUGAAACAAAGACCACAAGCCCUGAAUUCUCUGGUGGAAGGCUUCAUGAAAUGUAAUCCAAUGUGAAUGCAACUCCUGAGAGAAAUGUUGAUUGCACUGACAAAGAUUUUUUAAAAACUAAAGGUUGGUAAUCUAAAAGGUCAAGCAGUGGAGGAAAAGGCAAGAGGAAGGCACAAAAAAACUUGGUAACCUAUCAUGGCCUUGCCUGUUGAGGAAAAGAGAUGGCUGGUGCUUGGGAUAGCAUUGAACAAAGUGCUAGCACCAGUUUUACGAAGAGUUGUCAAGCAAGAAAUGGAGGAACAUUAUAAAUACUUGGACAAGUACUUGAGUUGUCAGGCCACUCCCUGCACUCUCAAGACCCUAACCUAUGUUGAUGUCAAGAAUGACACAAACUUUCGUCACCUGAAAUUUGAGAACAUCAACCAGAACAAGUCAAAUCCUGGAAAAAAUAAAGAUUAUGAUUAUCAUGUCAACCAUCCAAUAGACUUAGUCAAGCUGUACCUGCCAGAUCACCAGUCACACUUUUCAGCUUUUGAUGAGUCAUUUGGGGUAAGUGCCCCUCUUCUGCUGCUGACACACCCCAAGCUUGGAGCAGUAUUUAACUCACAGAAGUCUAUUUCAGUGCAGUCUUCAGCAGAAAGUGUCAGGAAAACUGUCUGGAACAAAUGGGCACGUUACAAUUUGAAUGACUGGACUCAAAAGAUGUUCUCAGUCUGUUUCUCAAAAAUUAAUACCUUGGUAGAAAGUUUAAGGCUCACUGAUGACAUGAGAAGGCACAUCAUUCAGGAACUUUCUUCUUUUGAAGGUUGGGAUAUUGAGAAAGAUGCUGUUGUUCCUCAUAAAAGUGGACACCCAAAAGAACCUACACUGGAAUCCUCUGCAAGCUCACAGGAAACAAAAGGCACUGAACUUCCUUGGGCACAAACUUUGUACAGGGCUGGGACGGACAAAGGCCCGUCAUUUGAGGUGAUAAAUGAUAAUGAAGUUUGGCUGUUACGAAAUCCGGCCUUGUAUUAUCCACUUGAUCAAGAACAGCAUAGACCUAGUAACAGAGCUAAUCCAGUCGUUGAAGUUCGCCUUUGGAAAACAUUCGUCGCUCUUUUUCCAGACACUCUGAUGGUAGAACCACAUCCAAGUUUAGAGGACGUUGUUGUCGUCAAACUGAAAGAGACUCAAGAUAUAAGAAACAUUGCAAGCUCGUUGAAUGAGACGUUGUUGAAGUCAUUGCCAUGGAAGCCAUCCAAAAUGCCGAUUUGCAAGAGAGGAGUACCCAUUAUGAACGUCAAUUUCCUUGCUCGCGCUGUCUCAAUGUACUUAAAGGACAACUCCCCAGUUACUCCAGAAGAAUACAAUUUUCAGGCUGAGCUGAAAGCUGCCAGCCACUGGCGAUUCUUGAAUGAAAACGAACAGAUUAAGUUUGUAUCAGGCCCAUAUGAUUAUGAACAGGUCAAGGUGGCUGCUGCAUUUGCUUUGAGGCGAUGGAUUGAAGAAUUGAGUGAAAUUGAGAGCGGAGAAACAGACCUUCACAAAGUACUGGAGGAUGACAGAGACGCUUCCAAAGACAAUUCCUCAAUUGAAGAACGAAUUUCGGAUCUCGAGGAGGAUAUAUUUUCAUUGAGGAUGUUUUACAACAUGACUUUAGAAGAAAAAGAAUAUAAGAGUUCACCCAGAAAGGCUCGGGAGGACCGCAGCGACCCAGCAAGCAUUGAGAAAGAGGAACUCUCACAUCCGAAGUUUCGAAUAUGGAUUGAACCUGCACCUAAAAGGAAAUUUUUGGAACCGUUAUGGAAGGAGCAAGGAUUUGGAGAAAAAUACAGAAAAGUGAAGGGUCCCUCCCCAUUGCGGCUACCGGAUGAAACAGUUUCUUUCCUUCGACAUCUAAAACCGAUUGUCGGUAUACCUAAAGAAUAAUUGUUAAUAAGAAUCUCUUCUGAAACUCUGGACUGCUGGAGAGCUUCCAGUUUUCAAGUGGAGAAACUCUGCUCGUGUUCGUUGGAUUGCAAUCUGACUUCUCUACCAACGUUCUUCAUGCAUCGCUGGAACUACCUUACAAAGCUCUAAACUUCUGUCAUUAUAAAGUUUGCUCGUUGACUAAUAAAUUGGACGAAAUCAAGGUGUUACUUUCGACCUCCUCUAGUCGCAGGAAUGGAAAACCGAACCUAAUCCUUGGAAAAUCUGAAACAUUUAUAAAUGGAUCUUGGUCUGAUGCCUCUCUCCAAGUGGACUACUAUAUCAUUUAUUUAAACCGUGCCGCGAAUAAAGGAGGCGGAUUAUUAGUUUACGUCCCAUUGCACUUACCUUUCAAUAGAAGAACUGAUCUAGAAGUGCAAGGUAUAGAAUGUAUUUGCCUGGAACUUCGCUUCCCUCUUUCAAAGCCCUGCUGCGUCACCUUCGUAAGAAUAUUGUAUUGUAUGAGAUGAAAGAUGUCCAACAAGGUCCGUAGUGCCAAGUUGGCCAUCUACCAUCUCAUUUUCAACAAACGUGAGCAGAAUAUGUUUUUUUAGUACUGAAAACGCCCCAAAAUAUAGGUAAUUCGUAAAUAUUAAAACAGUGGAUAGCGUUGAAGGCGCGCUCUGAUUGGCUAGUCAAACUCCGAAUAUCCUUUGCUAUUU